AUGCGGGUCAAGUACGGAACGGCCGCCGCCAAAUCCGGAGCCCGCAUUAUAUCGCUGUGUGGAUUUGAUUCCGUUCCCAGCGACUUGUCCAUUUUUGCCGCUGUGCAAGCCUUGCGCGCAAAAGUACCCGACGCUCAAGUAGAAACGGCACGAACGUGGCAUUCCGUGUUUGGCAUGGCCGGAGGUGGAACUUUGGCGACCAUGCAUCAGAUGCAACCCGAUAUUGGCCGGUGUUUCUUGGACAGUAGCAACAACAAUUCACUGCGUCCGGUUCUCUUUAUGCUAUUUGAUCCACUCGUCUUGACGCAUCCCGAAACGGUUCGAUUCAAUCCGGAUCAUCAAGACGAUCGAAAUCGCAUGGCAUUGGCCGAAUGGUGGAAUCUAUUGCCGUAUCCACAUACCAUUUUCAAACAAGGAGUCAGCAUUCCCUUUUUCAUGGGCGUGUGCAAUUCCAAAGUGGUUCAUGCCAGUGCCCUGGCAUUGAAUUAUGGACCCAACAUUUCGUAUUACGAACGAUUCUUACCACUGGGAUUCGAAUUGACACUGGGAUUUGGACUCUUUUCCACCAUUCCCAGUCUCAUCAUUCUGUUUGCCAUUGCCAUGGGAGGAUUGAUCCUACAAAUACCCAUUCUCAGUGAUUUACUACUCAAAGUGUUUGCUCCGCCGGGAACCGGUGCUUCGGAUGAAAUGUGUGCCAAAGGGCAUGCCGAAGUCUAUGCCGAAGUCAAGGCACCACUGUCGGUAGCCGGCAAGGUUUCGUGUGCCAAUGUUUACAUGGAGUUCCAAGGAGAUCCCGGCAACAUGGUCACGGCACAGUGUGUCGUCGAAUCGGCAUUGAGUUUGGUACUCGAUCGCGACAAUUUGCCACCACGCAGUAAAGACGGGUUUGGGACACCAGCUGAGCUUUUAGGGCCCGUAUUGCUACAAAGAUUGAGGAACACAAAAGUGCGGCCGGUGACGGUGAAAACCAAUGUGCGAAAGAGUGAACGAGAGCACGAGUACAAAGUGUACAUUUUUUAG